UGUCUCACUAAUAUAUCGCUCUCAUUACUGUAGUACAGGCAGAGAGAAUCAGAUCUCUGUUCUUGUGUGUAGCGCCACUCCCCAGUCAGAUCCUCCUACAGCUGAGCGUGGCAUCCAAACACCUCGCCAGUCUGACAUGACUCAGUAAUUGGAUUACCACCACUGACCUUUCAAUGCUGAAAAUAAAGACACUGUAUGCUGAGCAUCAUCGUCGGCUGUAAGGAUCAUCGACCUGACAGUAAAGAAUGACAGCUGCUGUUUGGAUUUUCUUCAUAUGCUGUCUACUUCAAGGUAGCUUAUGCCAGCAGUGGGAUGCCUUCAUGCCCCAGGCGGUGGAUGGACUCAGUGGAUCCUGUGUGACCAUCCACUGCACGUUCAGCCUGCCGUCAGAUUGGGAGCAGUACCUGGAUGAUUCAUGUAGAGCCAUCUGGAAGAGAGGAAGCUGGAGUCGGACGCAGGUGUUUGAUUCGGGCCUUACCGGAGUGAACACAGGGUUAAACAUCCUGCAGGGAAACCUGACAGGGAUCCUGCACGAGAAGGACUGCACCACCGUCUUCAACAACCUGCCCUCCAACCAUUAUGACAACUACUACUUCAGGCUGCAGUGUGACAACGAUCUGAAGUUCAACUUUCAAACAAGUGUCCUUAUCACUGCUCAAGAUUCAAUGCCCAGACCUGCCAUUACUCCAUCCAGGCCAGAGGUAGAAGAAGGGGGUCAAGUGAGACUCAACUGCUCGGCUUUAGCGCCUUGUCCUGCCCUUCUUCCGAUAUUGAAAUGGUCCCCAAGUAUAGGUGACAUUCAGGAGCAUAUGGAAGGUAAUAUUCUGACGUCUGUCAUUAACUUCACCGCUUCUUACCACCAAAACGGACAGAAGAUCUCCUGCAACGUGCUCUACAACCGACAAGCGGGCAACAGUGACCUUCACUAUGAACAAAGUUUCACCCUCCAAAUUCUUUAUGCUCCAGAUAACACAUCAGUCCUUUACUCUGAUGAUCCUGUAAAAGAGGGCAGCUUGGCGACUCUGACCUGCGAAACCAGCGCAAAUCCUGCUGUUGACAGCUACACCUGGUUCAAAGUGGACGGGGAUCAGGUGUCAGCAGUUAGUCCAAAGAAGACGCUUUCAACUACAGUCUCAGAAGCUGACAGCCAAUUUUUCUGCCAAGUCAGCAACAGAGUGGGAACCCAGAACUCAUCCAUCGUUCAGAUAGACGUGCAGUUUGCCCCCAAGGAAACCACCGUGAUCGUCAACCCUACUGGUCCAAUACUGGAGGGCAGCUCUAUCACUCUGUCCUGCAGCAGCCGUGCAAACCCACCUGUGACCAACUACACCUGGCACAAAGAUGACGAGGAGGAUAAGGAGCAUGGAUCCACCUUAGUUAUGAAAGGUGUCGACACAAGCCACAACGGCAGCUACCACUGUGCAGCAAAAAAUGAGCUGGGAGAGGAAACUUCAGCUGAUAUACAUCUGGACGUUCAGUAUCCUCCUAAAAACACCUCAGUUUCCAUUGACCCCUCUGGUCCAGUGAUGGAUGGCAACCCUGUAACUCUGAACUGCACAAGCGUCGCCAAUCCAGCAGAUAUUAACUUCACCUGGUUCAGAGUGUCUGGCAGACAAAAAGAAAUGCUGAGCUCAGAGCAAGAGCUCAUCUUCAAUGUGACCAAACUUUCCCAGGAUCAUUAUUACUGCGAAGCUCGAAACGUCCACGGAGCUCAAAAGUCAGAGCAUAACAUCAUUGAAGUCACAUUUGCUGCAGAGAUCCUGCCCUCUUCCCGCUGUGUGAAGGUUUUUUCACAAAUCCGGUGUUCCUGUGACAGCCAAGGGAACCCCGUCCCCUCCCUGGUUUGGGAAUUGGCUGGGAUACCUAUCAGUCACUCAGCUGAAAUCCCAAUAAGGGAAGCUCCCCUGGGGAGCCAGGGGAAGACGAGCCUCAUCACCCUCUACAGUCAGAGUGAUGACUUCCCAUCUCUCAUCUGCCUCAGCUUCAACUCUCUGGGCUCUGAUAGGUUUGCCUUCAACGUGUCCUCCAGCGAACUGGAGCUAGGCCUCCAUACUUUUUCUCUUCUGAUCGGCUCUGCGGUGGGAGCAGCAGGAAUGCUCUUGGUUUGUGUCCCACUGCUGAUUUUCCUGGUCAGGAAAAAAAAGGACAGCUUUUUAUCAGACAGAGGAUUUGUGGAAACUUCAGGCUUAAUGGGUAAUAAUGAGACCAACUCUUUACAGGUGGAUGUGAUUUAUGUCAACAAUGCCAUCAUAGAAGAAGGAGGAAUAGUAAAGGAGAACCCUAUCCUCUACGCCAAUAUGGACCACAAUAAACUCAAAGCCAUCUCCCAGGAUCAACCAGGAGAAGGGGAGAUCAGAGGCCUGGCCUCCAAGACAACUGAGUAUGCGGUGAUUCGUCCACACUCUGAAGAAAACAGAGGAGGGGACGCAAAGGAGGAACAGACAGUUGCUGACGGUAAUGCGGGACAAGUGAAUGACACUGAAGGUCUCAUAGAGCAGUUUUCAGCUGGGCAGUUCAACCUUUUGGAGUCUGCAGCAAUUAAGGUAGCAACUACACUGCAGUCCUCCUGCUUUUCUUGUUCAGUCUAGGAGAAUGACAAGAGGAGACACAAGAUCAUUUCUGGAUUGGAUGCACAGCCAAGUUCAGAUCAACACAUGACUGACGGUUGUGAGGACACGAAGAAGAAGAUGUUUGUGACGGGAAUACAUUUAUAUGUAUCAUACAUAUUAUUUCUCUAGGCUUAAGAAGUGGUAUGAAUGUAACCAACAGCACAAUUUAGAUCAACUAUUAAUGAGACUUCAAGGGAAAUAGCUGUAACACAAUGCUCUGAUGUAAUAAAUUAAACAUGACACGUGAAAGGAGAGUGGUUAACAGGCUUCUGACCUUUUUAGGUUUCUUUUUCUUGGACACCAUAGCAUACACAUCAUCCACGUCUGCUUUUGCCUGCUUGUUCCUAAGAAAUAAAUACCAUACAAUUAAAUAUGCAAUCUAAUAAUACCUUACCUGGUGUUGAAUAAAAUAUCUAGAUUCCUACUUUUCCUUCUUUCCAAAGUGUAAAGAAGCGUAGUUCAGAGAGUCGUCCUCUGUGUGUUGAGCUUUCUGUUUGAUUGGCAUCUCUCCAGAAGGACCCUGAGCAGAUGCAGACAGAAGACAUCAGUGAAUGUACAGUAGCAACUGAAUCAGUUCAUUCAUGCCUUAAAUGGAAGCUGAGUGGUCGUCCAGUGAUUCAUUGCUCCACAAUACUGAACACUACAUGAUUAGUGUGGACAGAGCUAGAGCACAGUGAGCAAAGCAACAGCUUGAUGAACAACAUCCGUCUGUCUAAAGUAGAGCUAGACUAAUACUGGCUUUAGAAGACUGAUGCCAUUGCAGAUGUUUCCUUUGUAGUGAGCAGAACUUAAACCUUUUUUAAGUCAACCUGAAAUAAAGUCCCAAAAAGUUAUUUUCUCUCAUCUUUUGGGUACAAGCUACACUCUCAUUUGAAAUCAUUGUACCUUGUGCACUUAAGAUUGACCCUUUUGGGGCUUUUGGGGUUUAAAUAUUUUAUUUUAAGGUAUUCAGUGUUUUCAUUUGAAUAUUAACCUUUCAAACAAAUUUAAAUCCAACAUAUUUAUAGGUCCAGGAAAGCAUGGAUACACAGUAUGUGCUGACUAUAACAUAACCAAAAUAACUCCAGUAUUGAAAGAUCUAGCAACUAUUAUUGUCCCAUUUUGAGAAUGCGUUCUCAGCCACUAAUACAAAAAUAACAAUGACAGCAAAAAUGUUUUUUCAGUUGUACAGUUGCAGUAUUUUAUUCGGUUGUUUCCAGAAGAAGAAAACUUACAUCAUUAGAAAAAUUGACAAAAUGAAAUUUGGCUGUCCUUUCUGUGCCUAGCUGAGUUCAACUCCCACAACAUUGGUUCCCAUGUUUCUAACAAACCCUCCCUGCCUAGUCUAUGCCCAAAUCUUGAAUUACCAAUGCCCAACUUUUGGUUUAAAUUCUCAGUUUGAAGCCAAAGUUGAGCUUUAUUACGUCAUCUUUUUUUCUUAGACUUUGAAGAAACUUGAGAUUUGCAACUCUGAAAAUGUUCUUCUCACAUGUAAUUGUGUAAAACUGAUGGAUUGCCCUUGUAAUAAAAGCUAAUACGUUACUGUAUGACAUUAAA